CUUUGUUCUAUUUUGAAAGGAACAUCCGGCCUGGUCGUGGCUAAUAGCAUGUAGCGGCCGUGGGUGUUGACAUGUCAGUGUCACUUGGUCAGCUGAUUGCGGGUCGUAAAGCCUCUUGACUAGCCAGUUUAGUUAGCCUAGCCUAGCUGGAUGUUUGUUUUUGUUAACGUUACCACACAGUAAGCUCUUAACCUAGCCCAAAAGUUUUACAGAUUCUAGAUCGUUUGAAGCAUUUCGAGGUAUUCUGCAGUCGCCGGCCGCUUGUUCUGCGGUGCUGAAGUUAGCCGUCAGGGAGGCGGUAAUUAUCGUGGCUGGGAGGGAAGGGUGAAGUUGCUCUCCGCGUCUCUGCAUUGCAGCCCGGCGCUGCUGAUGGAAUUCAAACACACAACAAUGGCGACUCCCAGUCCUAACAACUCAACAACACCUAGCAGCCACAACAGCAGCAACAGCGCAGGACCCGCGGCGCACCACCAUCACCAGUCCCAGUCUCAGCACAUUACCACGAUGAGCAGCAUGCAGGAGUCCAACACCUGCUGGAGAUGUCAGAGUGAAACAGGAGGAGGUUAUUUUAAAAUCCUUGAAGCAAGGGACGUCACAUUAAAUCUUGAAAGUCUACUAACAAAGCAGUUUCUUGAGGAAGACGUAACAAGCUGGCAAAUUGAAGGUAAACGCAAAGCCCUGAAGCUGAACUUUGCCAACCCUCCAAUCAAACCCACAACUAGGUUCACACUGAACACGGCGGGGCCGCCCUUUCAAAAUCCGCACAUAGAGAGGCUGAGAACACACAGUAUCGAGUCGUCAGGAAAGUUGAAGAUUUCCCCGGAGCAGCACUGGGACUUCACAGCCGAGGAUCUCAAAGAUUUGGGCGAGAUUGGCCGAGGGGCUUACGGCUCCGUCAACAAGAUGGUGCACAAGCCGAGUAACCAGAUCAUGGCGGUCAAGAGAAUUCGGUCAACGGUCGAUGAAAAGGAACAAAAGCAGCUGCUGAUGGACUUGGACGUCGUCAUGAGGAGUAGUGACUGUCCUUACAUCGUGCAGUUUUACGGUGCUUUGUUCAGAGAGGGUGACUGUUGGAUUUGUAUGGAACUUAUGGCUACCUCGUUAGACAAAUUUUACAAAUUUGUAUAUUGCUCAUUAGACGACGUGAUUCCAGAAGAAAUAUUAGGAAAAAUAACAUUAGCUACUGUGAAAGCACUUAACCACUUAAAAGAAAACUUGAAAAUAAUACACAGAGACAUUAAGCCGUCAAACAUCCUCCUGGACAGGAACGGAAACAUAAAGUUGUGUGACUUCGGCAUCAGCGGUCAACUGGUGGAUUCCAUCGCCAAAACCAGAGAUGCAGGGUGCAGACCGUACAUGGCACCAGAGAGAAUAGACCCCAGCGCAUCCAGGCAAGGCUACGAUGUCCGCUCAGAUGUUUGGAGUUUGGGAAUCACACUGUACGAGCUGGCCACAGGACGGUUCCCCUACCCGAAGUGGAACAGUGUGUUUGACCAGUUGACCCAGGUGGUGAGAGGAGACCCUCCGCAGCUCAGCAACUCGGAGGAGAGGCGCUUCUCCCCCAAAUUCAUCGCCUUCGUCAACGUGUGCCUUACAAAGGAUGAGUCCAAAAGGCCAAAGUACAAGGAGCUGCUGAAAGACCCGUUCAUUCAGAUGUACGAGGAGCGUUCGGUCGACGUAGCCGGUUACGUCUGCAGGAUCCUGGAUCAGAUGCCAGCAUCUCCCAGCUCCCCAAUGUAUAUGGACUGAAAGCAGAACAGAAAACAAAAAAAAUACAAUCAAUAAAUAUACACCAGUCUGCAACAAUAAAGACACUGGGGGGGAAAAAAAAGAAAAGACAACAAAGUAAACAAAACAAUCCUCAUGUAAAUUUGCUUGGUCCCCUUAUUGCAGUGUUAAAAGAGAAUUGUAAAGCCUAAAAAAAAAGAAAACAAAAAAACACCAUUUGCAAUAAAAGUGGUGUUCAUUUCAGUCAUGUCUGUAUAAUAUAUAAACGUUAACACACUUCUGUUUCUCUCUUGUUCACAAACACACUGACGCACACGUCACGUUAGUAAUAACAGCAGCUGAAUCAAAUCAAUCAUGGUCUUGACUCGUCUCGUUGAGGACGCAUCUCAGUGAUUAGUAGUGAUUUAAAAAAAAUGAAAAUUAAAAAAAAAAAAAAAAAAAAAAAAAG